AUGUCAUCGGAGGAUUUGUUCCCUUUUUUCGACCUAGAAACAUUCGACUGGACACACAGUCUUUCGGCAUCGUGUGAUGAUACGGUUGCUCCACAGAGCGAUGGUAUCAAUAGAUGGCCUCCGACAUAUACCGAGUUAGAUUAUGAAAUGGUGCCCGUCAGUCAUGUGCCCUUCGUACAGGCAAGAAUGCCUGGGGCUUUUAGCGCACAACCGUCAGUGGACGCUCCUGGUUCUGUUUUGAAUUCACCACGGCCAGUCGCUCAUCAUGGCCUCUUUGACAACCAAAGAGAUGCAUUUGAGGAGAUUAAUGAAGUUCUUUAUAAUCAUACUCAUGAUCCACGAACAAACUCCUAUCGGCCUCCCAUGCCAUGCCAGUACUGUCGAACGCAUCGCUUACAGUGUCUAAUCAUUCGUACUACGAAAGCAAACCCCAACCCAAUAGCCGCUUGUUCAAGCUGCGUUGCCUUGUUUAGAAGUUGCAGCUUAGCAGCAAAAACAAAAAGACAUCCCUGUGAUUUCGAAACUGAUCACCCUGUUGUUGGCGGGCUUCAUGGCAUAACCGAGACAAAUGUGCCUAACGAUGGAUUGACGCAGGGCUUUUCGAAUCUGGUGGAAAAAUCAGAAGAUGCGUGGCAGAACCAGCAACCGGUCGAACAAAGCUUCUUACUUCCUAAAAGAACAAGUUCUCGCAUGAGAGGCCAGACAAAGCCCUUGCGACAAUGGUUCUUCGCCCAUUCAGAGCAUCCCUAUCCAUCCGAGGAGGAUAAACAAGAAUUGGCGCAUGAGACAGGUCUUUCCAGGAUGCAAAUACAGAACUGGUUUAUUAAUGCGAGGAGACGGCAAAAAGUUCUCAAUAAGAGCCAAAAGUCCACCAUAACUCGAUCGGGCUCACCCAUGCCCAAGCCGAUCCUUUCUCACAUGAGCCCUUUCCAAAGAUGGCGCAAUUCACCUCCGGAAGAUGGUCACGCGCCCCUGGAUCUUGUCAAGCAGGCUGCAAACUUACAACCGCACUCCUCUUCUAUCCCAUCCAGCGAUUUAGACACUGAUCAACUAAAACUGCACAACUCGUAUGAUAGUCGUUCUACUUCUACGUUCGCAUCAUCUACCGCAUAUUCAGAUUCGUCCGAGUCUAUCUCAUCUUUCGAUACAUUUCCGUCCACCGACAGCCAAUUGCUGGAACAAGGCUUAGGCUCCGUACCUAACAUUGGACCACCAACCUCCAAACUUUCAAGCGAUACUAGUUCGAUGCGGUAUCAAUGUACAUUCUGCACAAGCUCUUUCAAAAGGAAAUCUGACUGGUGUCGGCAUGAGAUUUCAAUUCAUGUCCAGCUUGAUAUGUGGGUUUGUCAGCCACAAGACUCGACUAUUUGGAACUUCGAUUCUAUCCACCAGCAAUGUACCUACUGUGGGAUUAAUCUUCCCUCGCAAGAACAUAUCGCGUCCCAUGAUUUUGAAUCGUGUGCGGAGAGACCACUUGGGGAGAGGACCUUCGCUCGCAAAGACCACUUGUUACAACACCUGAAGAAAUUUCACGGCUGCCAUAAGUGGUCCGGUCAAUGUCUGGACCUACAUCGUAGUCGCCGCAAAACACUGAAUAGUCGGUGUGGAUUUUGUGCCGAAACAUUUGUCACAUGGAACGAGCGUGUGGAUCAUUUGGUGCGUCAUUUCAAGCAAGGCUCACAAAUGAAGGAGUGGAUUGGAGACUGGGGAUUUGACCUAGCUACAAUGCGUUUCUUAAAGCGCGCUACAUUGCCCACUGAUAGGUCUGGUAAUCCAGCGGACAUGCAAAUCAUGUCAGACGACUGGUUCAAAGACUAUCUGGUUGAUUGA